AUGUCUCUGCUGGAACGCGUGCGUUCCCCGCGGCUCACCUUCGUGCUGACGCUGGUGUCGCUGCUGCUGGGCACGGCGGCGGUCAUCGCCCCCUACUGGGUGGAGGGCAGUCAGAAGGUGCCCAAGCCCCUCUGCUCCCCCGUCAAGAAGCUCAUGUGCAUCCAGGUGGAGGACCUGAGCAAUGGCACGGGCGGCGGCGGCGACGAUACGUUCUCCUGGGAGACGGGCGAUGACCGCUUCGUCUUCCCAACCUUCCACUCGGGCCUGUGGAUCACCUGCCAGGAGAACAUCCUCAAGGACCUUUACGAGAAAUGUCGCAGCUUCAAUGCUCUUACUCCCGGAUCAGAGAGAGGAAUUCUAUGGCUGUCGGUGGCCAUGGAGCUCAUGUACAUAGGCCUGCUGUUUAUCAGCUCCAUGUUGCUGCUGCUACAGUUGUGUCUGUCUGCCUGGUUCCCUGCUGCACAGCGCUGGGGUCAGCUGGUCAAUGCCUACUCUGCAGUUUUCACCGUGCUGGGCGGGCUGCUUGGCAUGGUGGCUCACAUGAUGUUUAUGCAGGUUUUCCAUGUCACUGUUUCCACUGGGCCAGAGGACUUCAAACCGCACGGUUAUUUCUAUUCCUGGGGUUUCUACGUGGCCUGGGUCGGCUUCUUGUUCUGCAUGUCCUCGGGCGUCUCCACGCUCAACAACUACACCAAGAAGGUCAUCAUGCGGGGGCCCAAGCACAAGUCCCUGGUGUACCCCUGCCGCAACUUCACCUUUCCCCCGCAGCCCCCACCCACCGCUUACUACAGCCUCCCUCCCCCUCCGCCCUCGGUCCCGCCUCCGUCGCCCCCCUCCCCGCCCCUGUCUCCCCUCUCCCCGUACUACAACACCUCCUCGGGGGAUGCCCUGCACCCGUACUACUCCAGGGCCGCCCACUCCUCCCCCUCCAUUUCGCCGUCCGUGUCCGGCCACAGCUACACACUGCAGUACUCCGAGGAGGAGUACAGCCCACUCUGA